CGGCGUGAGUACACGCGCACGGAACGAGCGAGUUUGUUACUCGAGGCGCGCGAGUUUGCGAUCAGGACAGUGUUUAUUCCACGCGGAUCGCGGAACGAAGCAUGGAACCGACUAGAAAUCACACGAAGGAACAGGUGUCACACUGUAAUCAAUUUCUACCACAUAUCUAAAUACUUUCAUCCAAUCGACAUUCGAAAUUCUUCGAAAAAGUUCUCCUCCUUAUUUCGAAGAAUCUUCGUCGCUAUCGUUCCAACUAAUGCGAUGUCGCGAUCCUAAAAGCCCAAUUCCCAGAAUUUCCAGUUGCGAGUUAUCAUGAUCCAAUUGAUUGACUUGAAAGAGCCGCGAAACACCUGACGGGAACACCUAUGUUAAAUUUUACGUAUUCGUCGUGAUAGUAGCCGCGUCAUUGCAGGUGUUUCAAUUCUGUUCUAAUCAGAUGCUUAGAUAAAUCUGCUUACCGAAAGUUUCUUGGAGUUUGCGAGGUGAAAAAGCAGAAAACCGUGUCGAAGAAGCGGAUAUUAUGAAUCAUAAGCGAUCAGGUAAUCUUAUUAAAUAGUGAUUUAGUGUGAACUGAUAAAUGCCAUGAAAUGCUUCUCUGGCGCGAAGUUCCUCCGAACUUUGAAAUAAGACGUGUUUAAUGGAGAUUUGGAAAACCAUGUUUAAGAGUCAAGCAUGUUAUAGUGAGUGAUAAAUCAUUGAAAUAGUGAUAUAACACGAUAUGAUAAAUAUGACGAUGAAUCGUUUGAUCUGAAAAUCAAUUAAAUAAAGAAGCCUACUACGGAUAUAUAAUGCGAAUUUUGAUGGAUUUUGCAUUUGGGUAUUCGACAGAGAAUUAUAUUGGAAAGAAUCGAGUGUUAGAGGAUAAAAUGAUUCAUAAAGUGGUGUCGUCAUACAAGUGGAAGGUAAACAGGUGCAACUCAUGACCACUAUGAUACGUUGUACUUUUCUCUUCGUUAAAUUGAUAACGAAUAAAGAAAGCGUAUAGAGACAUAGACGAGACAACGAACCAAUAUUUCUUAUCGACUUCUACGUACUUCUUGAAUAUCUAAUUCUACCGUCAAUUUACAUCCUAAUUACACGAACGAUAUCGCAACGCCCAUCUGCGCCAGUCGAAUGACAAUACCUCUGCGAGGUACGCAUUCGAUGCACGCUAAUAUGAUAGACGACUAUGCCAAUACCAUGGACAGCGAUGUUUCUAUUUUUCGAGUAUAUUUUUAGAUCGACAUCUGGUUAGAUUUGGCUUGAAGAGACACGUGAAAAUAUCGACGUGAUCCGCUGGAUCAUCAUCAGCUGCAUAAAAAUAUUUUUCGUUGACCCAACUGAUAUCACCACCUUCGAAAGAAACUACGAUGCAAGAAAUAAAUUUGAAUAACAUCUGAAUAUCUUCCUCCUCCAUUGAAUUAGAAUUUUCGGACGAAUUCGUGAAAAGUGAAAUAAAAAUGCCUCCGAGCAAGGAUCGAGUUCCAGCCACUGCGUGCGAAGCGCCGCAGUUGAAAGAUGAAUAUAAGGAAAACGAUUCGAAGAAUCGUAAGUUGGCUGAAACAGACGACUAUUUGGCGGUUGACGAAACUUAUCGUAGCAGUAAAGUGGAAUAUGUUCCUCGUAUCACGUGGCCGGAUUUCAUCGCGUUAAUUUUCGUUCACGUAGGCUGCAUUUACGGAUUAUACCUUAUCUUCACCGAAGCCAAGCUUCUUACCACGUUAUGGGCGUUCGUGGUUAUAUACACUUCCGGAUUCGGUAUAACCGCGGGGGCGCACAGGUUGUGGUCCCACAGGGCGUACAAAGCGAAAUGGCCUCUUCGAUUAUUACUAAUAUUACUGUUCACCAUAACUGGACAAAAACACGUAUACGCGUGGGCGUUGGACCAUAGGGUACAUCAUAAAUACAGCGAAACCGAUGCGGAUCCCCACAACGCGAAAAGGGGUUUCUUUUUCGCCCACGUGGGCUGGCUUUUUACAACACCUCAUCCUGAUGUUGUCGCAAAACGAAAAGCAGUGGACAUGAGCGACUUGGAAGCUGAUCCACUUGUCAUGUGGCAAAAAAGAUACUACAUACCUCUGUUUGCCCUUCUAACCAUUGGAUUUCCGGUCGGCGUGCCUUGCUACUUCUGGUCAGAAUCUGUCUGGACAUCUUUCUGGGUGAACUUCAACUUUCGUUUUUGCGUUACGCUCAACAUAGCCUUCUUCGUGAAUAGCGUGGCUCACAUGUGGGGCCAACGACCUUACGAUAAAUACAUCUCUCCAGUGGAGAACGUGGUGGUUUCGAUCGCGGCCCUAGGCGAAGGUUGGCACAACUUUCAUCACGUAUUUCCGUGGGAUUACAAGACUGGAGAACUUGGAAACUACACGUUCAACUUGACUACGGGCUUCAUCGACGCUUUUGCACACAUCGGUUGGGCUUACAAUCGCAAAUACGUGUCACCAGCGAUGGUUCGGCGCAGAGCGAUCAGAUCUGGCGAUGGCAGUCAUGUUUGGGGCUACGGUGAUGCCGACAUUCCAAUUGAGGAUCUCCAAGAAUUAAAACAGAUGGACAGGAAGAAAGAGUGACAAUAUAUUUUUAGUGAUUACACGUCGACGUUAUGUUCCUUCUAUUUCCGCGAGUGUUGCGAACAAUUGAACGCACAGGAGUGUGUGACACGAAUUAUGAAUCACAAUGUUGCGAUUUUUUCUUGUGUCGUUUGGUGAAUUUUAUAUGUUAUUGUUUUAUAUGUAUAUAUAUAUACAUAGUAAUAUAUGUGUAUGCGUGUGUGUACGUUAUUGUUGUAAGUAUUAUAUGUAUCGAGCAGAAGCUGCUUCAGUGUGACGAUCGAUAAAUGUAUCAAGCGUAUCAAUGUAUCAAUGUUUUUACGGCCGGGCGAUAGCCACUUUAUGCCAUUAGACGAACAAUAAUAUUGUCAAUAUUUCAAGGUUCUUAACGAAAAUGUGGUUUGUCAAUAAAUAUUGACACUAUAUAUUGAUCGUUUUAGUUGGGACCCUUGAAGUACAAUGUAUAUCGAAAAUCUGUAAACCUCCUUAGAUCUUCAUGGUCGAUCAUCAGUCGCUCUAAUCGUCUUCCAACGGUUUUUGCUUUGAUUCUACGAUCCUUGAUCGUUAUUCUUAUGAUAUAGACCUAAUUUUUGUCUCCUUUUAAUUUAUUCUAUCCCAGUGACACGAGAAAUUCCAAAAUAUCGGUAUUUUGUAAUGUUUCUAACCAAAUUAAUAAUUUCAAUAUUGAAUAAUACAUUUCCAACUAUUUUCAAAUACAAUUAAGCGAAGAAAAGAAAACUGAGAAAAUUUUCGUCGCUGCGGUUGGGAUUUUAAAAAUCCCGCAUUCAACGUAUUAAGAAACUUGGAAGAUGUCAGGUGAAUUUCGUCUCUUGUGAUAGUUGCUUUUUGGAUGUACAAUCUUCACGAGACUGUUGAUAGAAGAAUUCACUAUGUGUUCUUUGAAAUAAUUUGCAACUUUUCGUACUUGAGAAUCUUGUAAGUCGGUCUCAUAAGUUAAUGAACCUAUCGUUGAUCGAUUUUGAGUCGAUUAAGACAAGCUGUUUUUGUGAGCAUAAUGUACAAAAUAGUUUCUAUUUUUAAAUAAGAAAUAAAAUAUAUGUACGAUGUCAAUGAAUGCACUUGGACUUCUUUACAGAACGUAUAUUUAAAUUUUUGUUUAUAUCGCGAUGCUUGUUACCAUAGUUCCAGAAUUCCAGUUACCAUAAUUAAAAUAUUCUAGGGAUUAGUUAGAGCAAGUUUUAAUAGCUAAGCUUUCAACAACUAUUUGUAAAAAAAUUCUAACGGAUCUAGAAAAUAAAUCUAGAAAAUGAAUAUAGAAAAUUGUAAAACACAGUUGUGCAACAUUCUUAGAAUAAUUAGAAAAAAAGGAAAUGUCCGCAUAAAACUGUAAAUGGAGCAAUUGCAUGUAUCUUUUUAAUUAUUGUAUUAAAGAAUCGAUUGUGUGAAAUUGAACAAAGGCCAUAUGCAAAUGAGA